UCCUCAAUAAAAAUGUUUAUAAUUACAUUCAAAUUAUUAUUAUUUGCAAGCUUCUCCGAGGCGUUACAAUGCAAAGAUGAUAACAACAAUAAUGUAGACUGGUAUAUGGUAUACAAAAUACCAUCUCAAAGCCACUCGAACAAUCAACUCAUCAAAGAUGGUGUCGCCCACAUUUUCCUCACAUCGAGCGACCCGAUGUGGAAAUUUUCGAACAAAUCAAUCGGCGAUCGGAAAUCGAUAAUAGGGAAUACCCUGCGCGAUUUGUACGAAAACCCGGCCGACUCAAGUUACUUGUUCUACAACGACGAGUUUCCCGAUAGGAAAAUCGAAGGGAAAGGUCACACCAAAGGGGUGGCGGCGACUGAUAAAAAUGGGGGUUAUUGGCUGGUGCAUUCGGUACCGCUUUUUCCGAAUUCGACGGAAAAUUAUUUCUAUCCAUCGACCGGGACGCGUUACGGGCAGACCUUUCUUUGCAUCUCCAUGGAUUUGCAGAAUGUAAAUAAAGUUGGUUUACAGCUCCAAUACAACCAGCCCGCCAUUUACGCCAAACGCAUUCUACAGGAUGUGGCCGAUUUGGCGGGCCAUUUGGCCGAAGCCGCCUCCGGUACUACCAUUACGUCUCCUCCUUGGUACCAUCUGGCCUCCAUUAAAUCGAUUUCGAACGUGGAAUUCUUAUCUUUCGCCAAAUCCGAGCGAUUCAACAAAGAGCUCUACGUAGACCUGGUAGCCCCCGGUCUACAAACCGACUUGAACGUGGAGACCUGGCCCAACGGAAAGGGAAAACUCGCGUCUAAUUGCACUCUACCGUUCAAAGUGAAAAACGUGAGGUCUGUACGUUUGGAGGUGGCUGGUGUUUCGUUUUUGAGUACCCACGAUCAUUCUAAAUGGGCUGUUUCUUCGGGGGACGGGGGGAAGUUUUGGAUUUGCAUAGGGGAUAUUAACAGAGAGGAGCAUCAGUUAAGAAGAGGCGGAGGGACUGUUUGUUUGGAUGAUUCGAAAAUAGCGGGGUAUUGGCAAAAAUUCGUCGAUUCGGUGGAAAAUUGUUGAUUGUUUUUUUUUUUUAAAUAAACUGGCAGCGCCAUCUGUUAUCAAUGGCUGUAAUUUUAAGUGAAUGUGUG